AUGGCCGGUGGGGAGGAUGGCCGGAAGCGACGCUUCGCGGAAGCGGGAGGACGGAGGGACGGGGGAUCUGGUGGUCGCUCGCUGGAGGAGGGCGACCGCAGGGAGGCGGCGGCCGCCUCUAACCGGAGACAUGAUGGCGGAAGCAGGGAGGCCCCGAGGUUUGAGGCUAGUGGCAGCUGCCAGCAGGAGGGAGGGAGCGGCCACAACGGCAACAACGUCGACCAUCAGGGCGACAUGUAUGACCAAUUCCGGGGGAGAGACGGCGAGAGGUAUGACAGGAGCCGGGAGGGCUGGAGCUCUCCACCUCCGUGGUGGCGCGAGCAGCAGCUCCGGGAGGAACUUCACCGUCAGAAGGCCUACACCACCGGAGGGGACCAAGGCCAGGGUAACUGGUCCGGGGCGCCGGCGGGACGCGAGUGCUUCAAAUGUGGCCGGGAAGGCCACUUCCAAUCUGAAUGCGAGUUUGAUCCGCUCGGUGUGCUCUGCAGCAGCGAGGGUCACACCUCGGCCAACUUUCCGUCGAGGGGAAAGGGUUUGCGCCUUCAGACGUUGGGUCACGCCAUCACCGGAGGGGGCUUCUACAACAUCGACGUAGAGCCGCUCAAGGGAGGCAAACACACAGGAGAAGCUUUCACUGCGGUCAUCAAGUUCCUGUCCGCGCCGCUCACGGAGGAGCAACUCUCAGCGGAACUGGAACAUCUGGUGGACGAUAUGUGGGAUUGGCAAGUGCGGAGGAUGUCGGAGACGGAGUUCUCUGUCACCUUCCCUACGCGCCAAACUGGGAGUGGCAAGCUGUACCUACCACUCAGCAAGAAGGAUACUGAGAUUGGGGAGGCCUUCAACACACCAAAGCCAUACCUUGUCCUCCCGUCUACUUGGGUCCGUCUCACCGGGGUUCCAGAAGAUCUGAUGGAGCGUGAGCGGCUGAUGGUGGCCUUUGGGAUGGUGGGCAGGGCUAUUGAUGUUGACGACCUCUCAAUCUUGAAGAGGGAGACUGAGCCGAUUCGGGUGCGAUUCAAUGCCGUUAGCCAAACCGUAUCAAGGGCUCGGUGCAAGUGUUUGUCAAUGGCGAAGGCUUCACCGUGGGGCUCCGAGGGGUGGGAAUGGUGGGGGGGCUGGGGACCCGCCGCCGCCACCACCUCGCGAUGA